CGGGUGUAGGUGUCAGUGGCAGUGCAACUCAGCGAGGGUGACAACAAAUAAUAUGUAUAAGAAAACGUGUCACAAGUCAGCGUACAGAGGGCCACAACCCCUUGCAGAAAAUAAGUUAAAUGACAUAUUGCAAAAUAUGGUGUAGUGAAAUAUGCACUUCUGAAAUACGGAGGUAUUUUCUUAUUUUAGAGUGCUGUAUGUGACAUUACGGGGAGCCGUACUCUCCGCCCUCUGAUUCACUAUAGGGAGUGGCUACAGUUAAACAUGGCUGAGAGAAAGCGCUCUAGGAGACAUGCUUUACUUCUCUGCCUUUUAAUUGGCGUUGCUCUCCUCCAUUUAUUGGUUUGUCCUUUCACUAAAGUAGAGGAAAGUUUCAAUUUGCAGGCAGCCCACGAUAUACUGUACCACAGGGAGAAUCUGGACAAGUAUGAUCACCAUGAGUUUCCCGGGGUCGUGCCCAGGACCUUCCUCGGUCCAUUGUUUAUUGCUGCACUGUCAGCACCUGGGGUGUAUUUGCUGUCCCUGCUGGAAGUGUCCAAGUUUUAUUCCCAACUCAUAGUAAGAGGAUGGUUGGGAUUGACUGUUAUUUUCACACUAUGGAAAUUACAAACACAAGUCCGUAAAUGGUUUGGAUCAACUGUAUCUACAUUCUUCUGCUUGAUAACAGCCACCCAAUUUCAUGUUAUGUUUUAUAGUACGAGGACCCUUCCAAAUGUACUUGCCCUUCCUGUAGUUGUACUAGCUAUUGUAGCUUGGAUGAAGCAGAAGAAUGGGCAGUUUAUAUGGCUUUCUGCAUUAGCCAUCAUUAUGUUCAGAUCUGAACUGUGCAUGUUCCUCGGACUUCUUUUGCUGGUGGCCCUAAUGAGAAAAAGGAUUUCAGUCUUUAGCAUUCUGUGCCAUGCAGUCCCAGCUGGAUUUGUGUGGAUGGGACUAACUGUUGUUGUGGACUCCAUUUUCUGGAGACGACUGCUAUGGCCUGAGGGGGAGGUACUUUGGUACAACACUGUUUUGAAUAAAAGCUCCAGCUGGGGAACUUCGCCUUUUUUGUGGUAUUUUUAUUCAGCAAUUCCCCGUGCUUUGGGAUUUACUACUUUGUUUUUACCAUUUGGUCUAACUGACAAAAGAACCCAUUUACUGAUUGCACCAACUGUGGGUUUUGUAUUUUUGUACUCUUUCCUUCCUCAUAAAGAAUUGCGCUUUAUCAUUUACACAUUUCCUGUUUUAAACAUAGUGGCUUCUAAAGGAUGCUCAUAUAUACUCCAGAACUACAAGAAAUCUUGGUUAUAUAAAGUUGGCUCACUCUGCGUAAUUGCUCAUCUGCUUGGAAAUGCUGUUUUCUCUGGAGUUUCACUGUAUGUGUCCCAUUACAACUAUCCUGGAGGAGCAGCAAUGCAGUCAUUGCAUGCUUUGGUACCCCAUACAGCAGAUGUUUCUGUGCACAUAGACGUGGCUGCUGCACAAACGGGUGUUUCAAGGUUCUUUGAAAUCUACCCACAUUGGAGGUACGACAAAAGAGAGGAUCUUAAACCAGAAGAUGAAGCAAUGCUUUCCUAUACUCACAUUAUAAUGGAAUAUGAUCCUUCUAAUGUAUUGCACUACAAAAAUACAUAUAGAGUUUUAGCAAACAUAGCUGCUGUAAAUGGAAUUGGAUUUAAUUUGACAUCUUUUCCCCCUGUACACAUUAAGUUGUCACCAAGAUUAGUAGUCUUAGAGAAGUUUUCUCAAUCUUCAUAUACGUAGUUUAUUUUGUUUGUUUUUUUAUUGGGGGGGGGGGGGGCACUUUGUAUGGACUUAUAAUUUACUUUAUUUUUGUUAUGAAUGUUUCUCAACAAAUGUUUACUACAUACAACAUAUAAAUACAUUUAAAAAAACUUUUUGAUGUUAUGGUAAUUAGACACUGUUUGAUAUUGUUGGUGUAGAAUAUGUAAUAGGAGAUUGCGGAGGAAAGCAUAUUGAUAUAGGUAAAUCACAAAAAAAUUCUGAAAUAAAAAAAAUCUAAUUUUGGAAUUCCUAAA